GGCGCGGAGGGAAACCCGGAGGAAGGAGCGCGCGCUUGGCACGGGACUGAGACGGCGAGGAUGCGCGGGAGCUGUCGCUGCUGCCGCCGCCGACAGGAAUCCAAGCUCGGGAAGUGAAGGCUGGGAGGAGAGCAGCUUGUGCUUCCCGGUCUUUCUCCUCACUGAUGUUUGCUGUGUGUGCGGGCUUUGGGAGCAAAGCAACCUUUCCACACUUUCCUUCUCAGGCCAAGCCUCAGGGCUGCUGUUGCUGUCAGUAAAGUCUUUAUAGCCAUCAACCCAAGUGUGGUUUCGAUGGAAAAUGAAGGUUGCACGUUUUCAGCAACUGCCUAAUGAUGAAAGUGAAACAAUGAUUCCUGUUCUGACUUCCAAAAAAGCAAGUGAAUUACCAGUCAAUGAAGUUGCAAGCAUCCUUCAGGCUGAUGUUCAAAAUGGCUUGAGAAACUGUGAAGUUUGUCAUAGACGAGCUUUCCAUGGGUGGAAUGAAUUUGACAUCAGUGAAGAUGAGCCACUGUGGAAAAAAUACAUUUCUCAGUUUAAAAAUCCUCUUAUCAUGCUUCUUCUGGCUUCUGCAGUCAUCAGUGUUAUCAUGCAUCAGUUUGAUGAUGCCGUCAGUAUCACUGUGGCAAUACUUAUUGUUGUUACAGUUGCCUUUGUUCAGGAAUACCGAUCAGAAAAAUCUCUGGAAGAACUGAGUAAACUUGUACCUCCAGAAUGUCACUGUGUUCGAGAGGGAAGGGUGGAACAUACACUUGCAAGAGACUUGGUCCCAGGGGAUACUGUCUGCCUCUCUGUGGGAGACAGGGUUCCUGCUGAUUUACGGUUAUUUGAGGCGGUGGAUCUUUCUAUCGAUGAAUCCAGUCUGACAGGUGAGACAACCCCCUGCUCUAAGUGCACAUCUCCUCAACCAGCAGCUGCCAAUGGAGACCUCACUUCGAGAAGCAACAUUGCUUUCAUGGGAACACUCGUUCGAUGUGGAAAGGCAAAGGGAAUAGUUAUUGGAACAGGGGAAAACUCGGAGUUUGGCGAGGUUUUCAAAAUGAUGCAAGCAGAAGAGGCUCCAAAGACGCCUCUGCAGAGAAGUAUGGAUCUCCUUGGGAAACAACUUUCCCUGUAUUCAUUCGGAAUAAUUGGGAUCAUUAUGCUGGUUGGCUGGCUGCAAGGAAAACAUAUUCUUGAUAUGUUUACCAUUGGUGUGAGUCUGGCUGUUGCUGCUAUUCCUGAAGGGUUACCUAUUGUUGUCACGGUAACGCUGGCUCUCGGUGUAAUGCGAAUGGUCAAGAAACGGGCUAUCGUGAAAAAGCUGCCAAUUGUGGAAACCUUAGGCUGCUGCAAUGUGAUUUGCUCAGAUAAGACUGGCACAUUGACAAAGAAUGAAAUGACUGUCACUCAUAUAUUUACAGCAGACGGGAUACAUGCUGAGGUUACUGGUGUUGGUUAUAACAGAUUUGGAGAAGUCCUUGUUGAUGGUGAUGUAGUUCAUGGGUUUAACAAUCCAUCUGUUAGCAGAAUUGUUGAGGCUGGAUGUGUGUGCAAUGACGCUGUAAUUAGAAACAACACCUUAAUGGGAAAGCCAACAGAAGGGGCCUUAAUUGCGCUUGCCAUGAAGAUGGGUCUAGACGGAAUUCAGCAGGACUACAUACGAAAAGCAGAAUAUCCCUUCAGCUCUGAGCAAAAAUGGAUGGCUGUUAAGUGUCUGCAUAGAACACAACAGGACAAGCCGGAGAUUUGUUUCAUGAAAGGUGCUUAUGAGGAAGUUAUUCGAUACUGUACAACAUACAAUAGCAAAGUGCACAGCCUACCUCUCAGCCAACAACAAAGGGAUCUUUAUCAGCAAGAGAAAGCAUCCAUGGGAUCUGCAGGACUUAGAGUUCUGGCCUUAGCAUCUGGUCCUGAGCUUGGGCAGCUGUCAUUUCUGGGUCUGGUUGGAAUUAUUGAUCCUCCAAGAACUGGUGUAAAAGAAGCUGUCAAUACACUUAUCACUUCUGGAGUAGUGAUAAAAAUGAUUACUGGCGAUUCACAGGAGACUGCAGUUGCCAUUGCAAGUCGUUUGGGAUUGUAUUGCAAAAAUGCUCAAGCAAUUUCAGGAGAAGAAAUAGAUACGUUGGAUAUACAACAACUUUCACAAAUAGCGCCUAAGGUAGCAGUGUUUUACAGAGCAAGUCCCAGACACAAGUUGAAGAUUGUCAAGUCCCUGCAAAAUAAUGGUGCCGUAGUUGCUAUGACGGGAGAUGGAGUGAAUGAUGCUGUAGCACUGAAAGCCGCUGACAUUGGAGUGGCCAUGGGGCAGACUGGCACCGACGUCUGCAAGGAAGCAGCUGAUAUGAUCCUAGUGGAUGAUGACUUUCAGACAAUAAUGUCUGCCAUUGAAGAGGGUAAAGGAAUUUAUAAUAACAUAAAAAAUUUCGUUAGAUUUCAACUUAGCACGAGUAUAGCUGCAUUGACAUUAAUCUCGUUGGCUACAUUAAUGAACUUUCCUAAUCCUCUCAAUGCCAUGCAGAUCUUGUGGAUCAACAUUAUCAUGGAUGGGCCUCCAGCUCAAAGCCUUGGAGUUGAGCCUGUUGAUAAAGAUGUUAUUCGGAAACCACCACGAAAUGUGAAGGACAGCAUUUUGACCAAAAAUCUGAUUAUUAAAAUAUUAGUUUCAUCUAUAAUUAUUGUAUGUGGAACAUUAUUUGUCUUCUGGAGGGAGCUGCGAGACAACGUCAUAACACCUCGAGAUACAACAAUGACCUUCACUUGUUUUGUAUUUUUUGAUAUGUUCAAUGCUUUGAGUUCAAGAUCUCAGACUACAUCUGUGUUUGAGAUUGGACUCUGCAGCAACAAAAUGUUCUGUUAUGCUGUCCUUGGCUCUAUAAUGGGACAGCUAUUGGUAAUCUACUUCCCCCCUCUUCAAAAGGUCUUUCAGACAGAGAGUCUAAGUAUACUAGAUUUGCUGUUUCUUCUGGGCCUCACCUCCUCAGUUUGCAUUGUAGCAGAGACCAUAAAGAAGGUUGAAAGAAGCAGAGAGAAGAUCCAAAAACAUGUCAGUUCUUCAUCUUUAUCGUCUUUUCUUGAUGUAUGAUGCACAUUGCAUUCUUUGUUUGCAAAACUAGAAACUGCUGUUCAUGUAGGAGGAAGCAACACAAGAAGAUAAAGGGCUUUUGACAAGUCCUCCUCUUUCACUGACUGAAAAUGAACUUUGGUAAUUUCAAAGACUGUUGACUUGUAAACUUCCUGUGGAGGGAGUAACAAAACAAAAUUAUGCAACUUUGGUAAUGCUUUUUUUCCCCUUGAACACAAAACUCACUUUUUAGAUUGAAUGGAACUUCAUAAGUAUGUGAGAGACUACUUUUCAAAAGAAACAUAUGUCAAAAGCCUAAGACCCACCUUCUGCUGUUGAGAUGUAUACGUGUAUAGAAACAUGUAUUAGAUGUUAGCUUUUAUUUAAAAAAGAAACUUUACUUUUAUGGCGGUGGUGGGGACUUUACUGCUAAAUUUUCAAGGCAUUCCAUCUGGUCUAGAAAGAGUUACAAGAGUGCCAUAUUUUAGCUCCUGUAUUUAUUUUAGGUUAUCCUGCAAUGUGUUCCUUGUGCUAUUUUUCUUUUGUAACUUAAUUUCUUUGCACAGAUGUGACCACUGUCAGAUCACUGUCUUUUCUUUCUUUUUGUGAUUGAAAAGCCAAUAUUGCAAUUUUGAAGUAAAUGUCUGCUUUUCUUAAAA